UUAAAACGGCACCGUCUUUGUAUUCUUUCUUCUUCCAAUUAUUCUUUCUUUUGUCCUCACACUGAAAAAAGUGCAGAGAGAGAAGAGAAGAACCCAACAAAGCACACAACUCUCUCUCUCCUUGCCAUUAUUUGUUUCUCUCUCUAGAAAACGGUUACAUAGAUAGAUAGAUGAUUUAUUAGCCAAAUCUAAAGCCGACCCAUCAAUCGCCGGCGCGAACUACAAGAUGGGUUGUGGGCAAUCGAAGAUCGAGAACGAAGAAGCCGUGGCUCGCUGUAAAGAGCGGAAGCAAUACAUGAAAGAAGCCGUGAUCGCUCGCAACGCCUUUGCGGCGGCUCAUUCCUCUUACGCCAUGUAUCUUAAGAACACCGGCGCAGCCCUAAGCGACUACGCCGAGGGUGAGGUUCAGAAUCCUCAAUUGAGCCAGGUUCAAUCCAAUUCCACGUCAGCUCCCGUUGGCGUUGGCGGCGGUAGUGCCGGCGCAGCCCCAUUCGCCGAAACCCUUCCUCCUCCGCCGCCUCCGCCUGCGAAUUUCUCUACUUCUCCGCUUCAGCGCGCGGCUACCAUGCCGCCGGAGAUGCAGAUCCCCUCCCCCGAAAUUAAACCCAAACUCAAGCCCAAGCCCAAGCCCAAGCCCAAGACCAUCGUGGAAGAAGAAGACGAGGAGGAGAAUGAAAUUGAGAACGAAGGUGGGUCUUUGAGAAGAAAGAGAAAUAGUAGAAGUAACAGAGAGGCGCCGGCGCCGGCGGUGGUACAACAAUCGCCGCCGCCUUCGGAAUCUCAUGUGAACGGAAGUACCUCAACGACGUCGUAUCAGCAACAGGAGACUUACGAGUAUUUCUUUAACGUUUCUAUGCCUAGGACUCUAACUAGUGAGAUGGAUCAUCAUGAGAUUAAUUUUUCGAAAGAAGACAUAGAGCGUAAUGGGUAUGACAAUAGGCCUAAGAUUGUGGAAGAAGAGGAAGUUGGGAGUAGUGGAAAGGUUGACCCGGAGGAACCCAUGCAGGAGGUUGUAGCGGUGGAUGAACCUCCUCUGGAUACUCCGCCGCCUCCUCCUCCGGAUGCUGCUGACGCUGUUGUUGCUGCUGGGAAGAGUAUGAAGAAGGUGAAGCAAGUGGGUUCGAGUUCAGGGGAUGCAAAAAGAAUGAGUGGUAAAGGUGUUAAUUUAGUUAAGCUAUUUAAUGAUCUUGAUGAUCAUUUUCUGAAAGCUUCUGAGAGUGCCCAUGAGGUUUCGAAGAUGCUUGAGGCAACCCGGCUUCACUAUCACUCGAAUUUUGCUGAUAAUCGCGGGCAUAUUGAUCACUCUGCUAGAGUGAUGCGUGUGAUUACAUGGAAUAGGUCAUUUAGAGGCCAAUUUAAUGUUGAAGAUGGAAAUGAUGAGUUUGAUACAGAAGAGAAUGAAACGCAUGCCUCUAUUUUGGAUAAAUUAUUAGCAUGGGAAAAAAAACUCUACGAUGAAGUGAAGGCAGGUGAGGUUAUGAAAUUCGAGUACCAACGGAAAGUUAACUCACUUAAUAAGCUAAAGAAACGGGCUUCCAACCCAGACGCAGUGGAGAAAGCGAAAGCAGCAGUAAGUCAUCUGCACACAAGAUACAUUGUUGACAUUCAAUCCAUGGAUUCAACAGUUUCAGAGAUCAAUCGCUUACGAGAUGAGCAGUUAUAUCCAAAACUUGUUCAGCUUGUUAACGGGAUGACAAAUAUGUGGGAUACCAUGCGAGAUCAUCAUGAGGCUCAACUAACAAUUUCCCAGGCCCUCAAAUAUUUUGACAUCUCACAAUGCCCCAAGGAAACGACCGAGCAUCAUCAUUCUCGUACUGCGCAGUUGCAUGGUGUUGUGCAUGAUUGGCAUGUACAUUUUGAGAGCCUUGUAAAUAAGCAAAAAGAUUAUAUAAAAGCCCUAAACUUCUGGCUAAAGCUUAAUCUUAUUCCAACUGAGAGCAGCUUAAAAGAGAAAGUUUCAUCCCCACCAAGGCCUCAAAACCCCCCCAUACAGAGACUUCUCAUUACUUGGCAGGAUCAUUUGGAGAAAAUUCCAGAUGAGCUUGCCAAAUCUGCUAUUUCCAACUUUGCUGCCGUGAUAGACACAAUAAUGCGUCAGCAAGAAGAAGAGCUAAAACUCAGAGAGAAAUGCGAAGAAACCAGUAAGGAGCUUAGUCGGAAAACUCGGGCAUUGGAGGAAUGGUAUCACAAACAUAAAGAGCGUACAAUACCAGAUGAAGGGGAGACAGGUACAACAGAAGAUACCAUUCUUGCAGAAAAGCAGUUCGCGGUGGAGUCAGUGAAGAAGAGGUUGGAAGAGGAGCAAGAAGCCUACCAGAGGCAUUGCCUUCAGGUGAGGGAAAAGUCAAUAGCUAGUCUCAAAAAUCGCUUGCCGGAGCUUUUCAGGGCACUAUACAAUUUUUCCCUUGCGUGUUCAGAAAUUUACAGGGACCUGAGUUCCAUAUCGCAAUCCCGGAAUUGAAGUGAGAACUCCCCACAAUAAUGCCCUAGUCUGUUCAUAAAAUUUGCUCACUUCUGUGUACCUUUUUCAAAAUUUUCCAUCCAUUUUAGAUUAUUUAAUGUUUUUUACACUAUAUUUUUGAGCCAAGGAUGUGAUAUAUUACUUAUAAAAGCUCAUGCAAUUCUUUCUAUGGGACAAAACCUUGAAAAUCAUAUUGUAAGUUGUGUUAAAUAUAUUUAUCUGGCUUUCUUCAUAA